CUUCCUCCUCCUGCUCCCGGGCGGUUCAGUUAUUAAAAAUCCAGCAACCGCCCACUCCCUCCUAGCUUCUCCCUCUCUCAUCUGCACAUCAACUCAUCAAGAUCAACCCCAAUCCCGUCCCCGCUGGCCGCAGAUUUGCGCACACCCAAGAGGGCUACAGCAGCAAGCAAGCAAGCAGGCCCAUCGAUCGGUCAUGAGAACAGAGAGCAUGAGGACAGAUCACAAUGCCAGAAUCCCAAAGAAGUCGUUGUCUUGGCCGAGGAGGACGACGGCGGCGGUGAAGAAAUGGCUCAACGUCAAGAACACGGAUCAGCAGCUCGCUCCAGACUUCAUCGAUGAGAGCUUCGGCAAAGUGGGGCAGCAGAGGAGGAAGAGCUGCUCGGACAGAGAUGGCUGCAGCAGACCUCUCAACACGAGAGAUGUUUCAGGUGGUUGGUUGGUGGAGGAGAAUCUGGGGAGGCCUCCACCAGGGUAUGGAUCAAGUUCUUCGUGGCAUCCUCCCAACAAGCUCAGGGUGUUGGUGGGGACGUGGAACGUGGGCGGGAGAGCGCCGCACCAAGGCUUGGACAUCUCCGAAUGGCUCCUCGACCAUGGACAAGCUUCUUCCUCGCCUCCCCACAUCUACGUUCUCGGCUUCCAGGAAAUAGUGCCGCUGAACGCCGGGAAUGUUCUCGGGGCCGAGGACAAGGGGCCCGCGUCCAAGUGGCUCGGCCUCAUUGGCCAAGCCCUGAACCCUUCCUCCACCUCGGAAAGAACCCAAAGUUUUUCCAAUAAUUACUGGCCCGCUGCCACCGAGGCAAAAACCCCUGGGAAUGGUUUCCAGAAGGCUAAGGUGAGCUUCUCGGACCUGCUGGCGAUGGACGACACGGUGUCGGAGGAGCCUGAGGAGGACGAGGGAAAUGACAGCGAGCCGUCUACCUCGAACCCAGACUCAAGCAGCGAGGAGGAGGAAAUGACGCGCGAGUUUACACAUGGGAGGAGGGCCGGCGGCGCUGGGCACAGCGGGUACUACCGCCUGGCUGCCAGCAAGCAGAUGGUGGGCAUCUUCCUCUGCGUGUGGGUCCGGGCCGACGUCAUGCCACGUGUCACGAGCCUCCGGGUCUCGUGCGUCGGCACGGGCAUCAUGGGCUACAUGGGAAACAAGGGCUCGAUCUCGAUCAGCCUGACGCUGCAGGAGGGGAGAUCGACAUCGACGAGCCUGUGCUUCGUUUGCACGCACCUUGCGUCCGGCGAGAAGGACGGCGACGAGGUUCGGCGGAACUGCGACGUCGCCGAGAUCCUCAGGAGGACCAGAUUCCCGCCGCGGGCGUGGCUGUCGGCGCCGGAGACCAUCUUGGAGCACGACAAGGUGGUGUGGCUGGGCGACCUGAAUUACCGGCUCUCGACGUCCGGCGGCGACAUGCGGGGGUUGCUGGAGCGGAACGAGUGGCGGGCGCUGCUGGAGAAGGACCAGCUUCGUGCUGAGCAGAGAGCUGGAAGGGUGCUGGACGGGUGGGAGGAAGGGGAGAUCCGGUUCCCGCCGACGUACAAGUACCUUGCCGACUCCGACACCUACGCCAUGACGAUGAACUCUUCUUCCUCCUCUGGUUCCGGCAAGUCGUCGUCGUCGAGGGAGAAGAAGAAGCGCACACCGGCAUGGUGCGACCGCAUCCUGUGGCGCGGGGAAGGGAUGGAGCAGGCGUGGUACGAGCGCCGCGAGUCCCGCUUCUCCGACCACCGCCCCGUCGCUUCCCUCUUCAGCCUCACCCUCCAUGCCGCCAAUUGCAAUAACGCGCCGAGCUGCUGCAGCCGGAGCACGGCCAAAGGCGCCGCGGUCGAGGCCGAGGAGAUGCUCGCCGUCCUGCCGCCGCGCCGGAGCCGGACCAGCUGCCACCACCACUCUUCCUCCAGAUUCUGAUGGCACCAUUGUAACGCACAGGUGGCAAAUUAAUCGGCACGGGAGACAGAAAAGAUUAUAUACAUGGGAGUAUAUGGAGUACAUCAAGGUGAGCCGUGGGCUCGUGCCGGCCAAGGCACGCACGGCACGGACGGCCUCAAAAGCCGGCUCCCGCCUCUGGCGCCGCGGCGCGUGCCGGCCGGCAGGGGCUUUCGCUGGAACAGAGGCGAGCCCCGCCCGCCGGUCGAGGAGCUACUAUAGCUAGCAAAAGCGUAAUUAACCGUGCGUGCAGGGGCAUGGCGUGCACGGACCGGCAGCAACUGCUGCUCCUCCUCAGCUCAUCAGCGCCGAUGGGCCUGCAAAUUGGGAAUUUUUUACUUUGCCUCUCGACAUUCUUCUCGGGAACGCGCAAGCUUUUCAGGGUGUGGAUGUCUGUCACGGAGUACUUAUAUAUAAGGAUACUCACAGUGCAAUUAAUUUGGGAAGUAACAUACUAAAUGCCAGCUGGGCAUUUUGGUGACAUGACUUGACAAUAAAUGAAGAAAUAGAGUAAAGUGGUAACUAGAUAUGUUACCAUAACAUCACACAAAUCAAGACAAAAUAAGUCUACAAAACAAUUAAUGACACAAUGUAUAGCACCACACAUAAGUUAUUAACCACUAUUGAGGUAGUAAC